CCUGUAGCACUUGAUAGUUCCUCCCGGCGGGCAAGGCUGAUGCGGUGGAGUCCUCGUUCACACGCUGAAAUCGUCCGUGCGUCACUUUUUGCAAUUGCCCGCGGCAACCACUCUAUCGCGGAAUUCCUCCCACUUCUUUGAGAUCGCAAGCGAAGCAGCAUCAGCUGGCAGUUCCUCUGGCCGCAAUUAGCUUUGCAGUGUCGUCAAUCCCAUACCGCCAAUUACCAAGAUGCCUCCUCCUCCCCAGCACGGUGGUGCCGUUGGGCCCUCCAACUUUGACAAGUUCAAGAUGGGUGCCAUGAUGGGCGGCACUGUCGGCUGCAUCAUUGGUUUCAUUUUCGGGACCGUCAACAUUUUCAGAUAUGGUGCCGGCCCUAACGGCAUCAUGAGGACAUUGGGCCAGUACAUGCUCGGUUCGGGCGCGACCUUUGGCUUUUUCAUGUCCAUCGGAAGCGUCAUUCGUUCCGACUCCUCGCCCAUUGUCGCCGAGGCCUAUUAUCGUGCCCAGAGGAGGCCCAUGAUUAUGGCCGCCCAGGCCUUCCGCCCCGCCUACUACCCGACUCGUCGCUCCGACUAAGCGUCCACGCAGGAGGCACGAUUUGCUGUACUUUAUGUGUAAAUAAUAGGGCCGCACUCGGGAGCGACUAUGGAUACGGCGUCUUGGGCGUUUGUUCAGAAUUCACAGAAAUUCUAAUCAUGCGUGGAUCAGUUUGGGCCCCUUUUGUCUGAUAUAACUUUUGACGAGCGACAACUCAGGAAGGGUGCUUCCGGGCUUCUGUGCUUGUAUUCAACAGAUGUUUGCUGACUUUCAUGACAACAGGCCAGCUUUACGAAUGGGCAUGCUGUGCAAGCCGACCGGCAUGAUGAGGCUCUUCGGCUGUGCUACAACAUUGGGCCUGAGUUAGCAUGUUAAUUUUGUUGGAAUGGAAAUUCAGCAACACGUAUACUAUGCGAAACGAGAUCAGCGCCCAAAGUUUCACAUCCUGGUUAAAGGCGGCCAAGUGAUCGAUACAUACAAGCCACCCUAAUACCGUCUAAGACAAUUUCAUGCGGCUCAAAAAAUGCAUCGCACUUGCAAUCUUAAAGCAAUAUCCAUUCACUCCCUUGAGAAUAUCUCGUCCAGUGAACCAACAGAUACCCAACCAUCGUCACUUCCGCCAAGAGGAGACAAACUGGGCGAAAAUAUUGGAGAGAAAUCAUCUUUACCACUGUACGGAAUCGAGUCAACAGCAGUAGCUCGAAACUUGCAACAAGUGCCAGUCAAAGGAGGCUGAGAUCCGCGGCAAGAGGAAUACAUCAGCUUCUAGACAUGCCACAGUCUUACUUAGGAGGAUCGGUUUCUGGCUGUUGCUGCAUCUGCAUACAUCCAGCUGCGGUCCGGACUCGUUGACCUAGCAACAUUGCGACUCUCUGUUCGAAUACAGCGAUCAAUCGACUAAAGCUAGUUACAGGUCAUUGGUUCAUUCUUUUUGGAUGACGGGCUCGACCGAACAGUUCCCAUUGUUCCGGCAGCAUUUGUUGCCAUGCUUUGGGAUUUUCCAAGGUCGUCCGUCAGCAGCCUUCUCAUUUUUUGGCGCUUGUUCUGUUUUGCCAGUUCCUUGCUUCCUGCACCGGCGAUC